UGUGUUUCAGGGAAAUUGAUAUGGGAAGAAAAGAUAUUAUGUGCUUUGCUUAUGGUUUUUGUUCGUCAGCAAAUAUCUGCCUCGCCAGAGAUGGAUUUAGUGGUAUCUCGACAAGCGGAGGAAAUUAAAAAUGUCUUAAAAGCAGUAUCGUUCCUCAUUUUAAAUUGUAAAAAAGAAUUCCAAGAAUUCAUUUGGGAAAUUUGUUUAAAAUUUUUGCUGAGUGCAAGUGAUUUGCUGCUUGUCGGUCAUUAUAAUGCUGAUGAUUUUGGUGCUUCUGAUGUUAUUGGAACAUUAUUGGACGAAUUUCUGCGUGCGGCGCGUUAUGAAUAUUUACCUUCUCCUUCAUAUUGGAAGACAUUAACGAUUGCUUGCAGAAGAUGGAAGCACCAGGUUUUUAAAAUAUUAUAUUAUAAAAUAAAAUAUUUGAGCAAAUUUGUGAGUUUAUAUGGCCAACUUUUUUAA